GGCAUUACUUGUAAUUGUAACUCUCCACAUACUCGUAACGACCAAAGCGAUUCAAGUCCCUGUUUGAGUCUUUGAUGAUCCUCAACACUAUCACUCCUAUUAAAAGCAACUCCAAUCCCAAAAUCUCCAUCCAACCUUUGAUUCCCUCUACUUCCUCAUCUCAUUUCUAAUGUUGCAAGAGAGUAGGAUGAGAACAGAUCUUGUCAGAGAAGAGGAUGUUGAGGAGAAUCUUUCCUCUGUCUCUACGAGAAUGGAACUAAAGCGGAUUCAUCAGUGGCUGACACAAGAAGAGUCAAGUGGUUCUGAACUUUUCAGUAAUAAGAGACAAGUGGUUGAGAUUGAUAGUAGUGCCAAACCUGGUUUCUUAACUCCUCAUAUGUCUACAUGGGACAAUUCACUUGUGCCUAGACAGUUAUCUAGUUGCUUAUUCGAUCCUGCUAAUCCGCAGCACACAUACCAGGAGGUGGUUCAUGGUAGUAGCUCAUUUAAUCUUGAUACCAUUAGAAACGUUAAGGUCAAUCAAGUGUGUGAAUCUCCUGAAUCCAUGGUUCAGUUUUAUGGUGAGGGAGGAGUUUCAAGAUCAUUUGAAAUGGCUCCUUCUUAUGAAGAUAACACUCUCUCCUUUGGCCAAACCUGCAGUAACAUUGACAAGAGCUUCAUCUUGCCAGGGCCAGUCACUAGCAAGCCAGAUGGGAACUUCAUUCCAAACUUGAGUUAUGACAAAGGAGAUGAAAAUGUCUUCUCAACAUUUGCACUGAUGGGUCAGUCUCUUCAAAAGGCUGAUGAGAACUUCAUGUCUCUUCUCCCUUGUGACAAAGCAUCUGAAAACCUUUUCAUGACUGAAUCAUCUUACCACAAAAAAAAUGCUAAUGUUGUGUUGCCAGGUGGAAAGUCUCCAUUGGGUUCUCCAGUUCCUGUUGUUAACAGUUUUGAGAACUUCAGCUAUUCUCCUGCAGAGGACAACAUGUUUUGUCAAUCUAGAAAUCCUCCUUACGCCAGCUCUAGAGUUGAUACCUUGAUCGUCCCCAAAAGUAAAGAUUCAAAGACAGCUAAGAAGGGUUCCACAAACACAUUUCCUUCAAAUGUUAAGUCCUUGUUGUCAACAGGAAUGUUUGAUGGAGUUACUGUCAAGUACUACUCAUGGUCACGUGAGAAAAAUCUCAAAGGAGUUAUAAAGGGGACUGGGUAUCUAUGUGGUUGCAGCAGCUGUAACCUUACUAAAGUUCUUAAUGCGUAUGAGUUUGAGCAGCAUGCUAAUUGCAAGACAAAGCAUCCAAACAAUCACAUAUACUUUGAGAAUGGAAAGACCAUUUAUGGAGUUGUUCAAGAGCUGAAGAAUACACCUCAGGAGAAGUUGUUUGAUGCUAUUCAAAACGUAACUGGAUCUGAUAUCAACUAUAAAAAUUUCAACACCUGGAAAGCUUCAUAUCAAGUCGCUAGCCUUGAACUUCAACGUAUCUAUGGGAAGGAUGUUGUUACUUUGGGAUCUUGAGUUGGGAUGGUUUUUUUGUUGUAAGUGAAUUCAGUUCUCGUUCUCGUUCUCUGUAACUAUAGCUUUUAAUUAUAAAUCAGAACCUUUGAAGUGCUAUGAGACCUUGUCUGGUGAGUCUAGUUCUCUUUGAAGUAUUUAAAACUUCUGCAAGCACUUCAAUAUUGUAAGAUACAGAUAGCUUCUUUGAGACUUUAUACAUCGCAUUGCUUGCUCUAAUUCUGGCGAACCAUACUAUUAAUACUAUCAAAAAUGUUCUACAAUAUAUAGAGAUAUUGCAACAAAUUCAGCAUUUCAAGACAACUGUUACAUUAAGUAAUUCACAUGAAUUUCUGUAGAUCUAAAAGAAUUAUAACAUUAAGUAAUUCACAUGUUUAGCUUCUCCCUGAGAUUAAAUUGACAUUAGUGUACAUUUGAGAAUUAGAACGCUUGUCUGUUUGUGUUAGAGACUCUGUGAAGUCAAGUAAAGGUUGUAACAACAAACUCUGUUUCAUCUCUUCCAACAAAGACUUGCUUGUGUCCAUACCCGCAAGGUAUCCUCCAUGUACAUAUCCACUAAACUUCUCACUUGUAUGUUCUCCUGUGAAAAAUAUCCUUCCAAAUGGAGCCUGGAUCACACAUAAACCAGAUAAACUAUCAUAAACCUCAACAUGUGUGAAUGUGCUAAUAAAGACAAAGUAAAAGUUGUUGUUAACUUGUUAUCAUACCUUGAUAUUACGGAGAAGUUGAUUAUCAGAUAUCAUAGGGUAAUUGCUGUAGCUACCGCGCUGGAACCGGUUGUUCCACCAUCUUGGGACAAGAACAUCAGUUGCGUAAGGAAUAGUGGGACCAAACAUGUCUCUGAGAACACUCAUUGCCUCUUUCAGUGUCUCCUCGUCUGAUUGUGAUUCCACGCGCUUUGACUGCUCGUUAGUCAACGUCACGACCAGAAUGUUAGACCCCGGGUAAGCAUUUUCCAUGUGCUGAUUAAGAACAAAGCAACAGUUAGGUUACAGAGAGUAGAGAGCAAGCAAGUUGUACUAAUAAUACAAUGCUACAUGGAUCAUGCAGCUGGUUAGACACUCGAGAUAAUUAAAGCAAUGAUGAUAAUAAUCAGAGGGACCCUCCAGGUGUUUAUAAUUUUAAGAUUAGUAGGGAGUGCAUGUGCCACGUUUCUAACGUUAUGUGGAGUGAUUAAAAAGAUGCAUUGAGAUUAACAAACUAUUAAUUGUUUAAUUUUUAAGGUAAUCAAACCUGCCAAAAGGUGAAGUAGCCGCGUUGUUCGUGUGCAUAGAUGAAAAACUCUUGACCAGGACCACAUGGCCAGAAACAGUUAGGGAAUUUUAGGAAGAUCUUUGUGUACACCAUCACAUCACAUUCUUGUAUUGCUUCUGUUUUCCAUUUCUGUCACCAAUUAAUAGUUCUUGGAUAAGUUAAGAUCACAUGAAUAUUGAUUAUAAAUUUAUAAUAAAAUAACAUAUCCUGACUUCUGAGACAGCCAUGGAUCAACCAUGCAUAACCAACCAACUCAUUGUAUUUGAUGUAUGGUUUUUGAAUUUUUUUUUUUUUUAAAUUGAAUUAUGACUUUCUUUACCUAAUGGCUAACGCAAUAUUUUAUAAGUAUUUCCUAGGUUCAUGUACAAUGAAUGAUUAAAAACCUCCCCCAUUUUGUGCAAUCUUUUAGCGUUAAAUAAGCAUAAAAGAUAAGUAGUUGAUUAUAAAUUUAAAGGAUAAGAGGAGAAAGUAAACUAACCGGUAAAGGAGGGUGGAAUGAGAUAAGAUUGGAUUGGAGAACACCGAUACUAGCAGACACGAUCACAUAAUUAGCCUCGUAUUCGGAACCAUCCUCUGUUUUCACCACAACACCAUUCCUUGACUGUUGCACCUCCCUAACCACCUGCCAUUAAAUUCACCACUAAUAUAAGAUUUACUAAUACUAUUAACAAUAGCUUAGCCAGCUGGAUUAUGAGAGGCAAUAAAUAAAACAUGACCCCACAAAUUAAAAUCAAUUUGCACUACAAAACAAAGGUUGAGACUAGACUGAGAGAACAUAGCAGCUGUGGUUAGUUGUAAACUUAUUAGCAGGAAAAUGCAAAUCAACAACAGCUAAAAGGCAAAAAGUAGCUUUUUUCCAAAAUAACGUCAUAAUAAACUCCUUUUAACUCAAAGUAAAAGAGGUCAAUCAACCUCAUCAUUAAAAACAGUCAAAAGAUAACUUUUUUGGUGUUUU